AUGAUCCGCCCUCUGCAAGAAGAGGUGCGAUCUCGUCUAAGAUCAGGGGUCGCCAUCACCAAUUUCACGCAAUGCGUCGAAGAACUUGUUUUGAACAGCUUAGAUGCUGAAGCUACCUGCAUCACAGUUCGGAUAGACAUUCCGAAUUUUAAGAUCCAAGUGUGCGAUAAUGGUAUUGGUAUAACCCACGGAGAUCUGAGAUUUGUUGGAGAGCGAUACUCGAGUAGUAAAUGCCAUGUGCUUGAAGAUUUGGAACAGCUGAGUUUUCAUGGUUUUAGAGGAGAAGCUCUUGCAAGUAUACGAGAGAUUUGCGAUGUGCUAGAAAUAUCCACUCGUCAUCGGUCUUCUCAUCAAACUUACUGCAAAUUGUUUCGAACUUCUCAAGUCCUUGAGCUCAAAGAGUCCCGAUUUCCGAGAACUAUCCGUGGAACAAGUGUAACAGUUCAUGGGCUUUUCUCAAACCUUCCUGUGAGACGUAAAGCUAUCAUGGAAACACUUGACUUUGACCGUGUUCGGCAUAGAAUUGCAUCCAUUGCUCUUAUAAACCCAAAGACUGCAUUCACAUUGAUAAACGAUUCAUCGGGUGUGAAAUGCCUUCGAACGCAUGACUGCAAGUCUGUUGUCUCAGCAUUCUCUCAGCUGUUUGGCAACCAAAGAUCAAAACAUUUGCAACAAGUACAAUUUGAACAGGACAACUUCAAAGUUUCUGGUUUUAUUUCAACCGACACACACCAUAGUAAGAGUCUGCAAUUUUUGUAUAUAAAUAGGCGUUUAAUACUGAAGACAAGACUUCACAAGCUUGUGAAUAGCAUUCUCGCAAAAUCAGAGCAUUUAAAGAGAUUGCCUUUGCCUGAGGAGAAAGAUACUGUCAGAUCAGAGAACCACCAGAGUAAAACAACGAGCCCUCAGAAUACAAAGAUUUUUGAGAAACAUGGUAUAUUUGUUCUAAAUAUUGACUGUCUUGUCACUGAAUAUGAUGUUUGCCUUGAGCCAGCAAAGACAUUGAUUGAAUUUCAGAAUUGGGACAAAGUCCUCAGUUGUGUGGAAAAAUGUAUUGAAGAAUUUCUGGUUGAACAAAACUUGCUCUCCAACCUGGAAGAUUCAGCAACCUCAGAUGUAUCAGAGUCAAAUGAGGAUGGACCUGUUAUGAAAACUUCACGUUAUGCUAAUCUUGAGGCUUUUGAGUACAAAAGGGAGAUUGAAACCAGCAAUGUUAACAAGAGCUUGCACUCUUCAACUGUUUUGAGGCCAAGGGGAGUUAAAAAAGUUGAAUCACUUCUUGACACUUCUUGUUCAGAGAAUGAAUUUCCUGUCUUUUCUAGCUCUGAUAAAGAAAUUAAAUCCACUGAUGAUAAGAACAAGACAGAUGAAAGUGAAGAUCAAAUAACUUCAUCAAGGAAUGUUGUUGCUUCAGGUUCAAACCCUGUUUCAGGACUGGUAAAUACUAACACUUUGGCUACAGCUGCAGACAAUAGUAGCUCUCUCCUCACUAAGGAAAAAUCUUUCUGUGUUUCUUUGACUGGCAGUUCUUUUACAGACAGUGAAUCAGUUCAUUUGAAAAAAAAAUGCUGUCAAUCAGGAACAAUUUUGCUGGAAUUAAAUGAUGUUUUUCCAUGCCUGGUUAUAACAGUUUUAGCAAAUUUAAACUCCAAUCAGGAACACAGGAUGCCUGUACUCAAAUAGCUCCAUUGUUAAUCGGUGACUGGCUCAUUGUUAACACUUGAAAAUAAUGAAGGUGCAAAGAGAGAAGCUUAUCAAUCUGAUUCUAAUAGUCCAAAACACAGAGGAAUGUUUGUGCAUUCAACACGCGAAAACAAUCAUCAAUCCUCGGUUGCUUCUACAAAAGGUGAAAGGAAAACUGGUGUACUGUCAACUUUUACUUCUCCGAGUCCUAUUUUUCUAAAUAGGCAGUGUACCAGGAAGAGAUUGCUAGAAACCAAGGAAGCCUCAGUGGAUGAGUUAGCAUCGCCAUCAAAGAAUAGGAAGGUAAUCACCCUGAAAGGAAACUGUAACAGCAGAUUUGUUCUAGACAGGAGAAAAUCAAUGAAUGUCAAGAGAAGUGACUAUGAUGCAGGUGGUGCUCCUGUUAAUGACAAUUGCAAUACUAAGUCAUCAGCAUAUUCUAGCAAUUAUUUUGUCAAAGAAACAAUUGCAAAUGACAGUUUGGAUCAUAAUGCUAUGUGCAGCAUUGAAGUACACAGUGCGGGAAACAAGGCUGGUGUGGCUGUGGUUGCUGAAGAGACCUGUGGCUCAGGUGAUUCUUCAUAUCUCAGAAAACAUUAUUCAGAUAAAACCACAGAUCAGAUUUGUGUAUCAAAAUUUCCUACUAGGAAAGAUACCUCUGCAGUACCUGGUUGUUUUGAAAAUGAAUUGUAUUCUGAGCAAGUUGAUAAAGGCAGAUACAUAGAAAAAUCUCCAAAAGACACCAACAGCCAUCAAAGAGGGAAUCCUGGAAAGACUGAAUUGCUUCCAAUGAAAGACAAAUCUAGUCACCAGUCAUUGACAUCAGAAUCUAACAUGAAUCCUGAUACAAUUGAAAUCCACACAGGAAUGUUAGGUUCUUCAAACAAGGAUUGGUUUUGUACAUUUGAUGCAUCUUUGGGAAGAAAAUUGUUCAUCAACAGUCGAACUGGACACUCUUCCUUUGAAGCACCAAAUGAAUUCAGUAUUAAAGAUGAUGACUGUUCAGUGUUAAGUGAAACUGAAUUUUGUGGGAAAGAAGAGGACCGUAGACAGCAUGUGCCACACCCGUGUGCCUCUCACGUGUCCUUUUUGUGUACCCCUUGGCUUCCACGGGAGGAUAGGAAACAGGAACCUGCCAAAGGUACUGAGGGUAAUGUUGAUCUUGGCUCUGUCGAUGAAAUAAUAUUUUAUAAAUGGAUUUUAAAAAGUUAGAUUUGCAAUUUUUUUUCUACUCUUAUUUUGAGGUAUAUGCAUUGCUACUCCAUUUUCUGGACUACAAGAGGAAAUUGAACUAUUGACUUUUCCGUAAAAUUUACCUGAAUGUCCUAUCUUGCAAACAGGUGACAUUAGAGGAGAAACACUUUCAUUCAGUGGUUUGACUGUGAAUAUAUGAAAAUCAUAUAUGUGAACUGUGGUUUAAGAAAUGAGUACAAUAGCAAUAUUGGCAGUAAUAAACACUACUAAUAAUAAGAAGUCUUGAAAAUAAGACCUGAAAAAAAUUCGUGCCUGUAUGGGAUUUGAACCCAUGACCUCUGUAAUCACCCUGCAGUCCCCUACCAACUAAGCUAACAAGCCAACUGGGAGCUGGUCAUUGUGUGGAUUUGUAAUAAACCAGUGACGCAAUGAAUAAAUGACUGUGAAUAUAUGAAAAUCAUAUUUGUCAACUGGGACUAAGAAAUGAAUAUGGAAUUGAUCUUUGUUGUAAGAAACACUACUACUUAUAAGCAGUAGUGAAAAUGAGGCACAAAAAAAAAUCGGGCCUGUACAACAUUUGUUGUCUUGCAGUGUGUGUACAUGUAUCAGCAAAUUCUCUCAACUAGUUUGCAAGUAGAUGUUUGGCAACCAGAAGAGAGAACAGAACUUCAUCGCUAAGAGUUCUAGUUCAAAACAUUUAUAUCUGGGCAAUAUGUGUGUGGCAGUUCCUUUCAAACUUCAGUUGCUCUUUAGAGAAACAACUUUGCAUGUUUCUGUACAUUUUAGGAAUGGGUGAUUCUCACUUGGCCUUUUUAUACAAGAAACACUUGGAAGAACAAGAAGCAGAAGAGAAGCUUUGUAAGUGGACUGAUGCAGGUGCCCUGCAAGCUUAUGAGCAAGACCUACUUAACAAUGGAGGAAAAACUGUGACACAGCUGCUUAACAAUUGGAAAAAUCCUGUAUUUGCUGCUCCAGAAAAGGUCAGGAAAUGGAAUUUUAAUUACACUUGCAUAGGCACUAGUGGCGCACUGACAAUACAUAUGCGUUAUUGACCAGCUUUGUUUGGUCAACAUAGCUGGAUAUCGGCCAAGUUUUAUUUUGCAGUUUUAUGGCCAAAGACUAAUGCCACGUUGGAUUCACAACUACACACGUGUUUUGAUGCCAUACCUUAAUCGUUGUGAUAGCCUUAUUGUCAUAAACAACAAUCAAGCGCAAAGCUUCUUUAUGAUUUUAUUCUGGGAAAGGCCAAAAAAUUUUCGAAAUGUUCCUCAGUAUGAUGUACUACACUGAAAUAAUUCUUGAUUAGCCACAAGUAAAGCAAUGGAAAGAAGAGCUGCACUCUUGCCAGCACCAUAAAUUGUACGGAAAGGGAAUUGGCAUUCCUUACUAAAGCAGCUUUGCAUGAGACUAGGAAUUUUUGGGAAACAUGUUCUAAAAUUUAAGGUCUACUAAACCAGUUAUGUUUCUCUCUUGAGAGAGCUGUCUGAGGUCAGCAAAGUCUCACUAACCCCUUUUUGCGGAUUCUCACAAGUGGAAGUGUGUUUUCAAAAUUUUAGGAUAUACUUACGGUCAACAAGCCAGGCUUGGAUAAAUCGCAGAUCUCAGUGCAUAAUGUGGCUCAUCCGUACCGUUUCACAAAAGAGAUGUUGACCAGCAUGAGGGUAUUGCGACAACUGGAUGAGAAAUUUAUCGUGGGAGUUGUAUCACAUGAAGGUGAGAUGCUUGGCUUAUCAAAAGCAGUCAUUGAUUUGGCAAAGUUCAUGACCAUUCAGUAAUUAUUGUUUGUGUCAAAUUAACUCGACAAGGAAUCGUGUAGUCUGAUCGUCUGCAUGGGUGCAGUCCUGCGAUGGACUGUUGUCAGUAGUGGUGACUGAUGUUUCUACAACCUGAGUGGAAUCAUCAUCAAAGUCAAGUGAAGAGUUGUUGUCAGUCGGGUGUACUAAGUCCUGUUCGUGUAUACUGGUCUAUUAUAGAUUAUAUUUCGUGUAUAUUGGUCAGUUUAGCUGCGAUGUUACUGGCUAUAAGACUAAAGUGGCGUAAGUCGGUCGUGAUAGGAUAGAUUGAGAAAAUUCAACUUGAGGGCAUGGUUUGGUUUAGCACUUAAUACUCAAAGCCAAAAUAUUAUAGGAAAUAUACGGAGGAAGAGAAUUGAUGGUGAAAUCAUUGAGAUCAUUGGGUGGAAAGGGUGAAUAAGUAGUCUUCUCGAGUUUAACAAGGGAGAAAAUCAAGACAAUACUGAUCAAUCAGAUGGUGACUUCCACUCGGGUUGCCAAAACAUUAGUCUUAGUCCUAUCUGUCUUUUGUGGACUACUCCAGGUGGUUGAUCGGACCACACGAUCAUAGAUAAUAUGAUGAUUUAAGUUUGUUGUAGUACAUCAACAACAGCAACAACUGCAAUUUGCUUUAUUGUGAACUUUCGCUUUUGAGGGUUAACCCAGCUAUACAAUUAAAGAGUAUUAUUUCAAGAAGAAAAGGUUAUCAAGUUAAAUGUUCUUUUUGAUUUGUUUUUAAUUGUUUAAAAAAUGUGCAAUUGUGAAGGAAACGGAUCAGAAUCACAGAUUAUGACAUGUUAAUUGACCUCAAGAAAGCACAACACUGUUUGGGUGGAGAGAAGCAAAAGCAGGAAAGGUUCGAUAAGAGGAAAUUUUGAUGUGCAUGUAAGUAAGUGGAAGCCCUUUUACUCCUUCUAACUGAUACUUGUUGAAUUUUUCUGGUCUUCGAAAAUUAGAGGGAGCUGAUGGCUUACUCGUCCUGGUAGAUCAACACGCUGCGCAUGAGCGAGUUCGAUUAGAACGUCUUCAAUCAGGUAUGGUUGUGCUGCGAAAAAUUUUUUACGACAAUGUCAUGAUAGGUUUCCUUUAAGUUGUGAGUGUAUUAUGAUUGGUCAUCAGUGGUGUUACAAAUAAGGAACAUAGACACAUGAUUAUAAGAUUGAAUUGUUAGAAGUUGGGAUCAGAUUCCUCCUCGGAAAGAAGAACUCUUUAACACUGCGCCUUGUUCCGAUCUUGUGGCUUCUUAGCCCAGUUGUUUGUUGAGCCCAAUUAGUAUCCGGGAGACAUGGGUUCGAAUCCAGUCGAAGCAUGAAAUAUUUCAGCUGCCCUGUAAGGAUCAUUACUUUACUUGAUAUUUCAUGCAAUAAUAAUUGUCUUUUGAUCAUAGAACUCUUUGGAGAUGGCAGUGACACAAAAACUGGAGGAAAACCCAGGAUCAAGUCCUCAACAGUCUCACCUCCUCUGAAACUAUGUUUUUCUCAAGAGGAAAUUUGGCUCUUGAAAGCUUCUCAAGCUGAAAUAGAACGUAUUGGGAUACGUUUUCUGAUAAGCCAAUCAUCAGAAUCCUCUGAGGACGUAUCAGUCCUUGUGGAUAGCGUACCGUCUGUUUUUGUCGAACGAGAGUUUUCUGAAGUCAAGCGUGGAAGACCUUCAGUUGCUGUCGAUAACGUGAAGGUAUUAUCAAUUAUUUUAAAUGGGAGUAAACUCAAGUUUGGCAAAAGUUGUUCUUGUUAUAAUUGGAAAUACUUGUAAAUGAAAUUCCCUUUAAGCAGAUACUUGCCUUUUCUUUUUUUGAAUUGUUGUGUUUUAAAUAAAUUUAAAAUAACCAGGCCAUUCUGGACAUCACUUAACUUAAAUCUUGCACUCACAGUAUUGACAAACAAAUAAUUUCUCUUAACAGUAUUAAUACAUGUGUAACCAGAAAUGUUGGAGUGAUCUAGUCACAGGGCUCUAAACUCAGACACCCCAGGGCAAGUUUUGAUGAAAAAAAAAAACGUUCACCCUAUUAAAACAAAAUAACGCUUAAAUCGUAAGGGAAAAAAACAUGGAAAGGGACAAUUUGAGCAAUAUUACAAGAUACUUUGUACAAAUUUUAGCUCCCUUAAACGUUACAGCUUGCUACAGAUCACUGAGUACAAGUUUCCUCAGAAGGGAGACUUUUACUGUGGAUUCAAUACGUAAAUUUUUGCUCGCGGCUAUGGAUACCAAAAUGGCUGUAGCGUAGAAUACUGAGUUACUUCUGUGUUGACUUUACAAGUCUCAGUCUGUAAUCUGUCACAUGUAAAGAAUACCUGUGUUUUAAUGGGCAUUAUAUUUCCUGAUUAGGGGCUGAUCAGAGAACAUCUUGAAGUAAGUUGCACUUUUUGAUAAGGCUAAAAAUAUUUACAUAUAUCAUUGCAAAAUUGAACAUAUAAAACAGUCGUUCAUAAAUAGGUGCAACUUAGUCGCUUUGUUCAACACAUAAUACGGGCGGAUAUUUCACGAGUGGCUUAGUCUUUUCCAGGCCCCGUAGGAAGGCAGAAAAAUGCGAGCAAUGAGCAGAAUGUCUGCUCGUAUUUUUUUCAAUUGCUAGUAUUUUAGCUUUUAGUUUUGGAAAUAUAUUCAUUUCUUCAUGGGUUCAAAUCCCGUACAGGGUUGAAAUUUUUUUCAGGUCUUAUUUUCAGUACUGCUUAAGUUGUGUUCAUUACUGCGAAGAUCGCUUUCAUAUUCAUUUCUUAAAUCGCAGUUCUCAUAUAUAACUUUCAUACGUUCACGGUCGAGUAAAUCGGAAGUGCUUAAAAAUUUUUGUAUUAAAACCGAAGCCUAAAAAAACAGAAAAAUCCAAGUUUGGAUCGUUCAGUGUUUAAUGUUCGAGCAAGUCAACCUUCAGUCCUUAUAGCAAAUAGAAUGCAUCGCUGUUGUUGAAAUGAAUAUGAAUGUCUUGAAGCAAGAGGACUGGUAUGUUAACUGAUUUUUGUGGUCUUUGUAAAUUUGGAGUAAACAGUUAUUGACACUUUAUGUGGCCAACUACUUCUUUAAGGCAGUCAUUAGGGUGGUGCAGUCUGAAAGCAUUUAAUUUCUUAUAAUUAUAACAGGAUCUUUUGAUAUUGUCAACAGCAAUUUUCAAGGACACGCGGAGUACCUCCUGUUAUUCCCAAGGCUAUUUCUGAUGUGAUCAGCUCGCAGGCUUGCCAUGGUAUGAACAGAUAGCUUAAGCGCAGAGAUUUUUACAUACACGAACUUUUUCUUGCUAAAAUCGCUGACAUGUUAUGAUAAAGAGAAGGAUUUCUCUGAUGCUUCUGUUGUCAAUUAGAAGUUGCAGCUUUUGAUUAGUAGCAAUGAGAGGUACCUGAAACGACUCAUAUAUUUCCCACAAACUAUGUUUGAAAUUAUUUCAUGGAAUUCACAUGUAAUCAAAGUUAUAGUUGUGUGCUAAUUAGUUGUCCAACAAUUCCUCCACUUGGAGAACAAGUCUUCACUCAUUCUAGCUGAAGGUAGAGAUAAACAAAAUAAUGCUAUGUUUACUGAAGAAUACAUGUAGAUCUUAAGUAAGCAGAAAAUGAACUGAUUUAUUUCCUGUUUCUUUAUGAUGUGACCUCAUUUUACAUGAAUUUCAACCAUUUUGAAGGAAUUUCUUUAUUUUGCAGGUGCUGUUAAGUUUGGGGAGCCUCUUGGCACAGCUGAGUGUCAGGAACUAAUCCAUAGUCUGUCUAAGUGUCAGUUACCUUUUCAAUGUGCACAUGGCAGGUAAGUGAUGCAACCACCUGAGCCUGUCAUUUUUCUGUAUAUACCGGUAUGCUUUAUCAUUGGCUAACAUAUAAGCACUAGGUUAAAAACAGUCUGGACCAGCGGCCAUAAUUUUUUUCAGGAGUCCUUUAAUAUGACUUAAACUGGCUUGGGUCUCGAACUUAUCCAUCUUAUGACCCUCACUGCCUUGCAUAUGCGUGUGCGUUUUAUGAAAACUCAUUUAAAAUCCUUUUCCGAUGGCUUUAAAUUGUGGCACAAACGGACAAGGAAAACCCUACGGCUCUUGAAGAUGCAGGCUGAGAGAGGAAAAAAAUGGUAGUCUCAUAAUAAAAUUAUUAUUGACUGAGUUAAUUUGGGUAAGAAGGGAAAAUAUUUCGUUGUCGUUCAUCGGUACAGACCUUAAGACCUCUCGCAAAAUAUUUGCCCAUUCGGCCUUCCCGUUCAGUCAUUACGUGCAGGGUACUCGACUCAAUGUUCUACUUCGGCUUAAUAAAGUAGGGUUUAAAUGACUGUGGUUAUAUGAAAAUCAUAUUUGUGAAGUGUGGGUUAAGAAAUGUUGUUUUAUUCAAAGUAGGGUUUUCCACUUAAUGUGUUUGUCAGUCCUUUUAAUGGUAUAUGCAGUGUACAUGCAGUAAUACAUGCAGUGUAUUACUAGGAUUUGCUAUACUUUACUCAUUUAACUAUUUAAUGAUGACGAUGAUAUUGAUCAUGACAGUAAUGUUCAUGAUGAUAGUGAUUGCACCAUCGGUGACCGUUGUUUGUUUGUUUUUUUACAUAGGCCAUCUGUUAUACCAUUGGUUGACUUCAAGUUUGUAGAAAAGAAAAUGAACCCCAAGGCAAGUAAAAGAACACCACCAACAAUUCUAUCUUAUAACGUUGUUUGA